UAUUUGCUCAAUGAAUUAAUUGAAUGGAACCACCCAACUCAUCACUACUACUUGCUACCCAACUUACUCAAGUACAUCCAUCAGUAUCCACGGUCUUCAUUCAAUAUGGCUCCUCAAGGCCGAAAGAUUGCCAUAGCUGGCGGUGCUGGUACAGUGGGAUCAGUUACCCUUCCAGCCCUCCUGUCAAAGAACAUCCACACCAUCACUGCCAUCAGCCGUGGCGACUCCACAGCUACGUUUCCUGAUGCCUGCAUCGUGAAGAAAGGCUCCUACGAUGACGAGGACUUUCUACUGUCCGCUCUUCAAGAUCAGGACAUUCUGCUGAUGCAAUUGGGCCGCCUCGCCAUGGAUACCCAAGACGUCCUCAUCCGAGCCGCGGUCAAGACGAGUGUCAAGUACAUCCUGCCCACGGAGUUUGGUAGUGACAUCGAGGCACUUCAGAUGGUCAAAGAGCAGCCUCCUCUGUGGGGUAAGGCGGAGCGUCGAAAGCUCGUUGAGGAGCUUGGGGGUAGUUGGAUCGCCGUCGUCAACAACCCAUGGUUCGACUGGUCCAUGGGUCAGGGACUAUGGGGUAUCGACAUCAAGGCUCGUAAGGCGACCCUAUACAGUGGAGGCAGCACCAAGGCCAACACAUCGACCUUGCAACGAGUAGGCGAGGCAGUCGCCGAGUUGCUUAGUCUGCCUGAAGAGCAGCUGGCUGCAUACAAGAACAAGGCGUUUUACGUUAGCUCAUUCUACAUCACCCAGCGGGAGAUGCUGGAAAGUGUGCAGAGAGUGACUGACACGACGGACAAAGACUGGAUCAUCGAGGACAAGGAGAUUGCCGAGGUGGCCAAGGAGAGUGAUGAGGAACUGAAAAAGGGAAACAUGAUGGCUAUGAUACCCAAGUUCUACUCGGCCCACUUCCGAGAGGGCUACGGUGGGGACUUUAACCACAAAGUCGAUUUGGACAGGUUUGGUCUUGUAAAGGAAGACAUUGACACCGUCAUCCAAGGUAUUAUCGCAUCGGGAUAUUCUUAGAGGAAUUUGAUGCAGCAUGAAGGAUCAACUUGAAUAAGACUUACCUUUGCGCUGAUCAUCGAACAAAGACUUGCA